CUGCCUAUUUUAAAAGGGAAUUAGGCUGAAGAUAGAAGUCGUUUCAUAGACUAAAUAGGCUUGCACUUUACAACUGGCAACUAAUAUAUCUGACAUACUCUAUCACUAUUCUUUUUUCAACUUUUCUCAUUAAACUGUCACCUUUCAGGUUUUGUGAAUUUUUGGUUAACACAUUUUUUUUUUCAAAUUUAUUUUUGUUAUAAUUAAAAAAUUGUUUAUAUGGUAGCCAUAUUUUAAGUAAAUUCAAUAAUAAAGUUGCAUUAGUUUAAUGUUAUUGAUCUAAUGUGGCGAGAUCCAUUUCACGAUAUUCGAUGGAAUGUCACUCGAGCGAUAGUAAAAAAUUAUUUAAAGUAUUUGACGCAUCGAAACGCAAACGAACGAGAAAAAAGGAAGGGGUCGAUGAUACUAAUUCCUUAGCCACCGAUGAUUCUAUCAGUCAGGUAUGUCAAGAUAAUAUACGUCAAAAGUCGUCGUCGGCUAAGGCUAGUUUGCAAGAUGUCCCUACAGCCCAAACAAUAAGUGUACCCAAAGAAUUACAUAAUGUUAGAAGAGAUAGGGAUAGCAGUCCUUCAAUGACCCGUUCACCAGAUGCUCGCCAUCGAAAAUUACGUUCACCCGUCGACGGUCACCGACCGUCAAGAUCACCGCGACGCCAUCGCCGACCUACAAGGGACGGCAUAUCACUAGCAUUGAAAGCUGGACUCGUGUCUACCCCUCGUUCGAUUUCACCAUUACAGGAAGCAGAUAUCGGCUUAGAGUCUAUUCCCAAAGACCAAGAUUCAUUUAUUUACGCGUUCCUUGAAGAAGCAAUUAAAAGGGAUAAAAGAAAGCAGCGUCAUUGUCGGCGGCAUUACGACGAGUACCAAAUGAGCCGCGACAGAGAUCCGUCAAGUGCACGAAGGCAUCGCCAUCACCAUCGCCACCGUGAGGAUGCGCCAUCUAGAGAUUAUGACAAGUCGUCAAAAAUAGUAUCAGCGGCACCUGCGAUUGAUCAAGUAGCUCUCUUCGAAACAUUCGCUAAGAUAUGUGCGCAGUUGAAUGAUAAAACAACGCACUGUGCUCCUCAAGUACCUCACACUCAAAGUCACAAGUCAUUGCAAUGCGAAGUGGUGUCAAGACGCAACUCAUGUGAUGUAAAUCAACAGCCAAUAAGAUUACGUAGUCACGAACACUCCAGAGAAAAUGUGUCAAAAAUGAGAAGCCAAGAGAAUUUUCGAGGUAGAGUUCAUAGUCACGAUAAAAUCCCCACUAACCAGCUCCACAGGAGUGAGAAACAAGAGAAAUGUGCAUGUGCUUCUCAUUACGAUAAAGAUCCUCAUUUCGCGAGUAAACUAGAUUUGAAUGCAUCGAGAAUUCAUAAUGUUGUAGACGAUAGAUAUCGUGAGUAUCCGUCUAAUGCCGCUCCUACUAGAAACGGCAUAAAUCAUUCUUAUAGACCCCCUCCAAUUGAGCAUAGGAGUUAUAGAGAUUAUGAACGAGAUACCAUGGCAUCAAGGCACUGUUACGAUGACAAAAGAAGAUCUUUCGAGCAGAAGACGAGCAGAAGUUUUGAUGUUCAUAAAGAAGUUUAUCCGGAUGAUGAUAAAUAUUGCCGCAGGACAACAAGAAGCGACGCAAAUAAGGAAAAGCGUUAUGAUGACCAAAAAGACAGAAGAUAUGAUGAAAGAGAUAAAUAUUUUAAUGAUAGACAUUUAGAAAGAGAUCGUUUCCACAUGUCGAGUAAAGACAAGCGGUCGAGGCGUCAUAUGGAGAGGUUAGAAAGGAAUUCUUUCGCAUCAAGAGAAGAUGACUAUAGAGAUAGAGAUAGAUAUUCAGAACAUGGGAGGGACUCUGGACUGAGCGUUGCUGAUGGCGAGACUAGUACAAUUAGUGGGCGGAGCAAUUAUUUGCGAGUGGUCAAACAGGAAAUAUCGGAACAACGUGAAGCAAUGGAUAAAAUGAUGAAAUUGUGGAAAGAAUUGAUGCGAUGCUUCAAAGGGAUAUCGUCACAAAUGCAGGGCCCAGAUAAAGCUGUUCAGGAUUCGCCUGCGAACGUUCGGGAAUCCGCAGCAGCACAACUUCGUUUAUGGCGGGAAUGUAUGCGGCGUUACGAGACGGUGGCGCGCGACGUCGGCGAUACUGACGCUCGACUCAUGGAAGAGAUCAACAAACAACGUUCUGAAAUGGCGGAAAUGGCUAGCAUGUGGCAAGAGUGCUUGCAACGUUACCGCGAGAUGAGCACAGACUUCAACAGUCUUAAACAACAGUUAGUGACACCUGAGAGCCCGACACGAAUGCCUGGACCGCCUCUAGUGUGCGCCGAGGGCGAAGGCACCGUACCUCCUGGCCCGUAUUGUCUACCACCAGGCUAUCCGCCGAUUGGGCCUAUGCCUGUUUAUGGUAAUGGCGGUUCCCCGCUGAGACCUCGUGCGUCCGCGCCGCCGGCCUGGUGGUGGUGCGGAGAGAGGGCUCGACUUUCGCCCAGGCGCAGGUCUUCACCAGAGUCCAGGGGCUCUCGAGACAGAGACCGGGAGAGAAGACAUCGACACAAAGAUAGAGAUCGAGAUGAUUCGAGAUACAAAGAAAAAUCUUCAAAACCCAAUGCCGCACGUUCAGAGCACAGGCACAGGAAAAGAUGAUCAUUAAAUUCGAGUAGAUAAUGUUAUAAAAAAAACUGCAAACAAUCUAAAAAAAUGUGUUGUGUCUGGAAAUUUUAUAAAAGAAUAAAUUAAAAAAGAAAAGUUAGUUUUCAACGUGUAUUCAGAGUCGUCUACAAAAUGUUUUAAAUUUUUGUUUAGAUCUAAUAAAAGUAUAUAAAAA